AUGUGGCCCCACACACCUCUUCUGGAGACGCAGCCAGAAUCACAAGACAGCGGAGCCAAGCCGCCCCGGAGGCCCCCGGGGGCGGUGACUCUCAGAGGGGCAGUGGACGUGGACGAGUGCUCGGAGGGCACGGAUGACUGCCACAUCGAUGCCAUCUGCCAGAACACACCCAAGUCCUACAAGUGUCUGUGCAAGCCAGGCUACAAGGGAGAAGGGAGACAGUGUGAAGACAUCGACGAGUGUGAGAAUGACUUCUACAACGGGGGCUGUGUGCAUGAGUGCAUCAACAUCCCAGGGAACUACAGAUGCACCUGCUUUGAUGGCUUCAUGUUGGCACAUGAUGGACACAACUGCCUGGAUGUGGACGAGUGUCAGGACAACAACGGUGGCUGCCAGCAAAUCUGCGUCAACGCCGUGGGCAGCUACGAGUGCCAAUGUCACAGGGGCUUCUUCCUGAGCGAUAACCAGCACACCUGUAUCCACCGCUCCCACGAGGGUAUGAACUGCAUGAACAAAGACCAUGGCUGUGCCCACAUCUGCCGGGAGACGCCCAAAGGUGGGGUGGCCUGUGACUGCAGGCCCGGCUUUGACCUUGCCCCAAACCAGAAGGACUGCACACUAACCUGUAACUAUGGAAAUGGAGGCUGCCAACACAGCUGCGAGGACACGGACACGGGCCCCACGUGUGGCUGCCACCAGAAGUACGCCCUCCGUGCAGACGGUCACACGUGCAUCGAGAAGGAUGAGGCUGCAAUUGAGCGCUCUCAGUUCAAUACCACGUCAGUAGCUGAUGUGGACAAGCGGGUGAAACGGCGGCUGCUCAUGGAGACGUGUGCUGUCAAUAACGGAGGCUGUGACCGGACGUGCAAGGACACGGCCACUGGCGUGCGCUGCAGCUGCCCUGUCGGAUUCACGCUGCAGCCGGAUGGGAAGACGUGCAAAGACAUCAACGAGUGCCUGGUGAACAACGGUGGCUGUGACCACUUCUGCCGUAACACCGUUGGCAGCUUCGAGUGUGGCUGCCGGAAGGGCUACAAGCUGCUGACCGAUGAACGCACGUGCCAAGACAUUGAUGAGUGCUCCUUUGAGCGGGCUUGUGACCACGUCUGCAUCAACUCCCCCGGAAGCUUCCAGUGCCUGUGUCACAGCGGCUACACGCUCUACGGGACAACCCACUGUGGAGACGUGGACGAGUGCAGCGUGGACAACGGUGGCUGUGACCAGGGCUGCAUCAACACCAAGGGCAGCUAUGAGUGCGUCUGCCCCCCGGGGAGGCGGCUCCACUGGAACCAGAAGGACUGUGUGGAGACCGGGAAGUGCCUCUCGCGCGCUAAGGCCUGGCCCCAGGCCCAGCUGUCCUGCAGCAAGAUGGGUGCGGUGGAGAGCUGCGUCCUGUCCUGCCCGGCCCACACUCACUUCAUGCCAGACUCGGAGAACAGCUACGUCCUGAGCUGCGGUGUUCCGGGUCUCCAGGGCAAGACGCCGCAGAAGCCCAGCGGCACCGGGCCCCGCUGCUCAGACGCUCCGGGCACCCCCAUCAAGCAGAAAGCCCGCUUCAAGAUCAGGGACGCCAAGUGCCACCUCUGGCCGCGCAGCCACGAGAGAGCCAAGGAAGCCCCUCAGCAGCCACUGCUCGACAAUUGCCACGUGACUUUCAUGACCCUCAAGUGCGACUCCUCCAAGAAGAGGCGUCGCGGCCGCAAGUCCCCGUCCAAGGAGGUGUCCCACAUCACAGCGGAGUUCGAGGUGGGGAUGAAGAUGGAGGAGGCAUCAGACACCUGCAAGGCAGACUGCAUGCGGAAGCGAGCCGAGCAGAGCCUGCAGGCCGCUGUCAAGACCCUGCGGAAAUCUAUCAGCCGGCAGCGGUUCCACAUCCAGAUCUCGGGCACUGAGUAUGAGAUGGCCCAGCCGCUGGCCAAGGCCACGGAGGGACAGGGGGCGUGCAGCACAGGCCAGGUGCCUCAGGAGGGCAAGUGCGUGAGCUGUGGGCCUGGCACCUACUUCAGUGGUGAACCCGGCCAGUGCGUGCCCUGCACACCAGGAACCUAUCAGGACAUGGACGGCCAGCUCAGCUGCACACCGUGCCCUAGCAGUGACGGGCUCGGCCUGGCAGGUGCCCGCAACGUGUCCGAGUGUGGAGGCCAGUGCUCUGCCGGCUUCUUCUCCACCGACGGCUUCAAGCCCUGCCAGGCCUGCCCCGUGGGCACAUACCAGCCCGAGCCGGGGCGCACAGGCUGCUUCCCCUGUGGAGGGGGCCUGCUUACCAAGCUCGAGGGUGCCACCUCCUUCCAGGACUGUGAGACCAGAGUGCACUGCUCGCCCGGCCACCACUACAACACCACCACCCACCGGUGCAUCCGCUGCCCCGUGGGCACCUACCAGCCUGAGUUUGGCCAGAACCAUUGCAUCACCUGUCCCGGCAACACCAGCACGGACUUUGACGGCUCCACCAACGUCACACACUGCAAAAACCAGCACUGCGGGGGCCAGCUUGGAGACUACACGGGCUACAUCGAGUCCCCCAACUACCCUGGUGACUACCCGGCCAACGCUGAGUGCGUGUGGCACAUCGCACCGCCGCCCAAGCGUAGGAUCCUCAUCGUGGUCCCCGAGAUCUUCCUACCCAUCGAGGACGAGUGUGGCGACGUGCUGGUCAUGAGGAAGAGCGCCUCCCCCACGUCCAUCACCACCUACGAGACCUGCCAGACAUACGAGCGGCCCAUCGCCUUCACCUCCCGCUCCCGCAAGCUCUGGAUCCAGUUCAAAUCCAACGAGGGCAACAGUGGCAAAGGGUUCCAGGUGCCCUACGUCACCUACGAUGAGGAUUACCAGCAACUGAUAGAAGACAUCGUCCGUGACGGACGGCUGUACGCCUCAGAGAACCACCAGGAAAUUCUGAAAGACAAGAAGCUGAUCAAGGCCCUCUUCGACGUGCUCGCACACCCCCAGAACUACUUCAAGUACACGGCCCAGGAGUCCAAGGAGAUGUUUCCCCGGUCCUUCAUCAAACUGCUGCGCUCCAAAGUGUCCCGGUUCCUGCGACCCUACAAAUAA